GUCGGCGCUGCUUCUGUCACAAUAACUUAACUUUUUUGUAUGUUUAGUGAGAAGUGAAAUUGUGAAAAACAAGAGAAAUAAUUUUUAUUUCCUUUGUAAUGUUUUUUUUUUUCUCUAAAAAAGAACUUUGCUUCUCGGUUUGACUGAAACUAGAAGCUAAUUAUUAAUACUACUCACAAUGAAUAAUCUAAAUAACGAUAAAAAUAAAUACCUUGUACUGGGGGUAAUUAUUCUUUUCAUCGUAUUGUCAAAUGUACAAAGUCAACUUUUGAUAAAUAUUCAAAAUCAGGGUGGAGAAGUUAUACAGGAAACUAUUACAUCGAAUGUAAGCGACGACCUAGUUACACUUGAAUUUCAAAGAACUGACGGUACUCUUAUAUCGCAAUUGAUCGAUUUUAGAAAUGAAGUGAAAGUCUUAAAAGCAUUAGUUUUAGGAGAAGAAGAACGUGGUCAAAGCCAGUACCAAGUCAUGUGUUUUGUGACGAAAUUUAUCAAAGGCGACUUUAUUUCGGCAGAUGCCAUGGCAAAAUUGCGUCAAAAGAAUCCAAGCACUGUCCGAAUACCAGAAGAAGAUAAAGGAAAAGAAAUUCUAACAAUGACAUCAUGGAUACAUCUGAAUAAAUCCACGCCAAUUACAAGGCAUUUAUCUGGAUUGUGUUCCGAGGCAGCUGAUGCAACUUAUGUCCGGGAUAUUGAUGUAAAAGCAUGGGCAGAGCUUCCAGGAUCAUCAAUAUCCAGCUUAGAAGCUGCCACGCAAUUGUUUCCCGACAGUUUAUUAUCGCACUGUAGUGAAGUAACGAGUUUUUGGGCACCCUGCCUAUGUUCAUUGGAAAUGUGUAUAGGUUGGUAUCCAUGUGGGCUUAAAUAUUGCAAAGGGAAACCGGAUCAAUCAAAUGGCAACAGUCAAAACUUGGCAAAUUAUCGCUGUGGCAUUAAAACAUGUCGAAAAUGUACCCAAUAUAUUUACUAUGUACGGCAAAAACAACAGUGUCUUUGGGAUGAAUGACGAGUGCUGAAUUUGUUGCUCGAUAAUUCUUCAUCCCUAUGUACUGUUGUUGUUGCCAAUCGACUUGCAGCGACACUAGCAAAAGCCCAAAGAAGGAAUAUCGUUCGACAAUUAAGCCUUAACUAUUGGGAUGAUUAUCUUAUUAAACAUUACCAUUAUCCCUAUCGUCACCAUCAACAUUAUCGAUAUCAACAAUUUCUAAAACUGUUUCUCACUCGAUCGCUGCCACCCUUGAUAAUAAUAUUAAGCAUAUUUUGUAUACCAAAAAAACUUGCAUUAACAAAAUGUUAAAAAGUAAAUUUUUACGUUUUGUUUUUGUAAAUAGUGUUUAUGUAUAAAUAGUUAUUUAUAAUAUAUUGAUAUUGUUUUCAGUUGGUAAUUAUUAAGACUUCAAAACUCGUCCUUAAGCUUUUAAGUUGUUGUUCAGAAUUUACAACUACAGUUAUUCGUCUAGAAUAAAAAUGGGUCCAAUUAUUGAGAUGGUAAGGAUUGAAACAAUUGCUUUGUACCUUUAUGCUUGCAUACAUUUAAUUUACUUUGAUUGGUUUUUGGAAGAGUUCACAUCUAUUGAGCACUCAUGAGUAAUGACUUAUGAAAUUAUGACUAAUGUAUAAUUUCUGUCCUAAAAGUUAAAAAUUAAAUUGAAUGUUCACAAUGGCAGAUAAUUAAAUGUAUGAUUUUUACUUCACAACUUCGGUGUUUGAAUUAUUUUUACUUAUAGACUUCGUUCAAUUUAAAAGCAAAUUAUAUUCUAUUUAUUUUCUAUAUUAUGACGAAGCUUUUAUUUCCUUACACGUUUAAAAAAAAUAUAAUCCUUACGAAGACUCAAUUGCCCAAAUAAUUACUUAUUGUUUAAAGUCUGUGUAUUUGAUCGGAGAGUUCUUUUGAAUUACCAAUAGAAAACAUUUUAUCAAUAUUAAAAAUAAGAUUGCACAAAAAUAUUAGUAGAUAUAUAGCAUUAACUAUAUAUACAGUGUAUCAUUUUCAUAUUUGUACCCCUUCUAUUAAAACUUUGAAUGUUCUAAGUUAAGUGCAUGUUAAGUGUGUAUUCAUGGUUGAUAUAUUUUAUCAAUUUUAAUGAAAUGAUAAGCACUACUGCAAAACUAGAUCACUUUCGUAUUCGUACGCCUAGUUAUAAGUUGCCAAGCCACUUUAAUUUCAAUUGCAUUUUCUAUCAAUUUAAAGUAUUCUGAAGUCAUUUAGAAUUUUCAAAAGGUUUUAAACAAUUUGUCUCAGAGUGUAACAACAAUGGGAAAAAAGCUAGUGAAACCUAUAAAGAACUACGAGAACUCAUCGUAAAAUACCACCAAGAAAGUAAAUGGUAUAAACAGAUUUCAUCUUUAGUUAAUCGAGUUAAAUCAGCGGUUUAAAGUAUUGUCAACCUCAAGGAAAAAAGGAUUGAAAACUUGCCUCGCAAUACGACAAGAAGUAUUUGCAACACCCAGGACCAGAGGAUAAUUGUGCGUGAGAUAAAUACAAAUCUAAAGAAAAGUGCACCAAAAUUGGCACAGAACCUUUGCCAAUCCCUGGAAAAACAAUUUUGCACUGAAAUGUUGCGGAGUUGGAUACGGGAACAUGGUUUUAACGCAAGAGUAUCGCGCAAAAAACCAUUUAUUUGUCAUGUCAACAGACUUAAACGACUUGUAUUCGCCAAAGAAUAACAAGCAAAACACAUUGACUUCUGGAAAACGGUUACUUUCACAGAUGAGUCAAAGUUUAGUAUUAAUGGCUCGGAUGGCAGACAAAUGGUUUGGCGUAAGCCGAAUACUGAAUACCUUCCGCAAAACAUGGUGGUGGGCCGGUAAUGGUGUGGGGUUGUUUUUCAGUAGCUGGAGUUGUGAAACUGCACAUAAUUAAAGGAAUUAUAGAUCGCAAGAUUUACAUAGAUGUCCUGAAGACGAAUUGAAAAGAUAGUGGUGCACAAAUGGGUCUAGAAAACAACUUUACUUUUUGCCAGGAUAAAA